UGAGACCAUUCAUAUAUGUGCAACUGCAGCCAGCAAUCUACGUCACAAGUCUAGCUGCAGUUGAGCUACUUCGUGCUCGUGAUGGAGGCCAACAAAUAAUUGACUCUGUUGAUGUCACUUGUGGUCUAAGCUUGGGCGAGUACGCCGCAUUAACAUUUGCAGGGGCUUUCAGCUUUGAGGAUGGACUCAGGCUGGUCAAGUUAAGGGCGGAGGCAAUGCAGGCAGCUGCUGAUAGUGCACAAUGUGGCAUGGUGAGUAUCAUAGGAUUGGACGCAGACAAGGUUCAGCAACUCUGUGAUUCAGCUAACCAAGAAGUCGAUGAAGCCGGCAGAGUUCAGAUAGCCAAUUUCCUCUGUCCUGGACAUUAUGUUGUAUCAGGAGGUCUAAAAGGAGUAGAAGUCGUUGAAGCUAAGGCAAAGUCAUUCAAAGCUCGAAAGACGGUUCGGCUAGCUGUGGCGGGGGCGCCCCAUACUAGCUUCAUGGAACCUGCUGUUUCGAGAUUAGAAGCUGCACUUGCUGCUACUGAUAUCAGAACGCCCAGAAUACCAAUAAUCUCCAAUGUUGAUGCACAGCCCCACGCAGAUCCUGACACAAUGAAGAAACUAUUGGCACGCCAUGUAAUUAGCUCAACUUUCUAAACCAAGACUAAUGACAUCUUUGUGAGAUC